UUAGAUAAACCCAACAAAUCCCUGCCGUAAUCACCACGUUGGCAAUGAAAGCAGGUAAACAUUGCGAAAUUUUGUUCAUUGUUGAAUACGACUGUAUGAUAUUCAUUGUUUAUAUUUCACUAUACCUCGAAAACUAAUUGCAAUCUGGUGUAACAAUUACUUCAUCCCUUUGUUUUUCCCUUUAGUGAUAAUUAAUGCAUAAAAUCGUGUGAAAGAAAUUCGAUUUAAUUCGGCCCUUGUCUAACUCAUCCCAAAAAUUAAAAGGACUGGUAAUAAUAAUAAAUGUUAUACAAUAUGACUGAAGUUCAGAUAUACUUAUUUCAUACAUGUAGAUCUGAAUUCCACAGUUUUGCCUUAAUCAGAUGUAGGAUUAUGAUAUUUAUGGUCACUCGAUAUUUUUUUAGAUUUUUUACUUGUAAAUUCAUUGACAUUUAUAUGAAAAUAGUAGUUGAAUUAAAAUACAAAAAGCACAGGUCAAUAAUAAUAAGAUUAUUGAGUAUAUCAUUAAAUAUUUAACAGUAUUGUAAUAUUUAGAACAAUUUGAUGUCUAUCAAUUUUCACUCUUAACAAAGUUUAAAUGUCAUCAUACACUGAUGAAACUUAUCUCAUUAACUAUGUUGAUAAACAAGCAAUAAAAACAACUUGAUUUUGUAAUACUAUUAUAUUAAUAGUAUUCAAAAGUUUUGUUGAUGGCAGUCUGGAAUAGGUAAAGGAAGGAAUAAUUAGUAUUACUAUUAAUAGUAUUGUUUGACAAAAGUGCUGGCUGUACGCGAGUCACACACGACUAGCAUAUACUCACUAUUGAGGCUAGUCGUAGAGCAUUUUAAAAGUGAGUUUCCUAAAACAAUAAUAUGCAAACUUGUUUCUAAAAGGAUAUUAUAUUGAAUAUCAUAUACAAUUUAUAGCUGGUAUAUUAAUUUUUAGUGUUUGAUGAUAAGAAGAUAUUUUGUCCUUCUGAAAAUCAUGGACUUGACUAAUUUAAGUCUGUGUGAAAGCGCAAAGAGAAAUAGACUGAAAAUAAUUUAUAAUUUCUAUGGACAAUAUAGAUGUAAUACAUUUUGUAAUUAAACAUGCGGGUCAACUUCCAGCAGUGGUUGAAUUAUAAAACUUAUUUUUUUUAAUAAUUUUGUUUAAAUUUUAACUACUUGACAAUUUCAUGCUGGAUGUUUGCUUACCAUUAAAUUUGCAUAUUAAGAGCUCUUUAAUUGACAUUAAAGUCCACGGGUCAAUUUAUUUCUGAUAGAUCUUUCCGAUAUCUUGUUAAUAUAAAUGGCUGAACAUCAUCAUAGAAUUUAAAAUAUAUAUAUAUGUUUAUGUUCAUUCUUUGUAAAAAUGUUAGAAGAUUCACAAGUUACUGGCUUUAUCAUUGCAUCUAUUUAUUAUUGAAAGAAAUGGGCAGCCUCAACAGUAUGUAUAGACUAGAACAUUUGGUUUGCAUUUAGACCAAAAUAUAUAGUUACAAUCAUGACGGCUUUCGCGUUGCUGUCAACAAACUUUUACUUGUUCAUAAGUUUUUCAGACCUUGGUGUAUUGUCUUCAUUGGCGACAUUGGCGACAAGACCAUGCCAGUAGACCAAACUAAACUUGACCUUUAUAUUAACGUUCAAGAAGGUAGGCCUACAUAUCAGAUUUGUGAAUGUGAAUGGCAGGAUAUCGAUUUUAAGGAUGCUUCAGGUUCAAUGAGGAUGGAAUUAAGAGAAAUAAAGGCUAAAAUGAAACAGAGGCGCUUGUAUGAUAGAACAAUAAAAGCAGGAGUGAUAAUAGAAGUCACAUGUAGAUAUGUCUUUAUGUCUGAAACACCAGAGAAAUUAAAAUAUUUGAGUUUUUCAAAACUUAAAAGAAAUUGGCCUGUCCUUAGCAAUGUUGGAUAGUGAGUUUUAGAUGUGAAAGCCUCAUGAAUAUACUACUCUGACUUAAUCUAAUUAGAAAAAAGAAAAAAUGAGGAGAAAACUAGUCACCAGUCUUUCACGAAGAAGAUGAGAUGACUUUCCAAUAUUUGAAAUAUCAUAAUAUGUAUAAAACUUAAAUGAGCCACCAUUUUUCACCAGGAAAAUAUGAUCACUUAUCAAUUUUUGAGAUAUGUAUGAACAGAACUUUAUCAACUUUAAUGUGAGAGUUUAUCACAAAGAACAUGAGAUAACCUAUGUUUGAACAGAACCACAUUUGUAUAUAGAGGCUCCAGUUCAUCAACUGUGCUAACUUAUCAAUGUUUGAAAUUUGUUUGUACAAAAAAAACAUCAAGGUGCAAGUCUCUUUUAUUAAGAACAGACUUAUAUAUGAAUUAGAUAAAUUACAAUAUUUACAAACAUUUAUACUACCACACCCAUUUAAAAUAUUUCAGCUUAGAGUAUAUUAUCCAAAAAAAUAUGUAUUGUUAUAAUGUACUUUAUUGUGUAUUUAUUAAUAAAUUUAUUGUAUAGUUUUAAUUCUACUGGAUUUUAAAAACGUUAAGAUUUUACUAGAUCU